AUGAGUUUUCGUAGAGGUAGACCUAAUGAAGGUAAUACUUUUUUAAAGAAUUUACCAUUUGGCCUAGCAUAUACAGACGUUAGCGGAUCACAAAAUACAGAAUUCCCAGUGAUUCCACUUCCUGUUAACAAUCCAAUUACAAAGAAGGAACAAAUAACUGCUAUAACAUACAUAAAUCAAACAGACGCUAUUAAAGAUGGUCCAUUUUAUUUGGGUUCGAUAUCGGAUAGCACUGAUAGUAACGAUACUAAAACUCCAACAACAAAUAGUGAUAAUAUAGAGAGAUAUUCCGACAAAUAUUUAAAGAAAAGGAAAAUUGGUAUAUCUAUUGAUGAUCACCCAUAUCAUUUAGAAUUAUUCCCAAAGGAAUUGUACAAUGUCAUGGGUAUAAAUAAAAAGAAAUUGGUUAAAAUUAGAAAAAUGAAUAAUAACAAAAAUAACGUUUUCACGGGAACUCUUGAUGAUGAAACAUUAGGUCUUUCUGUAUUAGAGAAAUUGAAACAGUUAGCAGAAAAUGUUGAUGAUGAAGAUAAUAAUGAAGAUGAAAAUACUAAUAGACGUGGUGAUGAUGAUAUUUCUGAUAACGAUUUCGAUGAAGACGAAGAUGAGGAUGAUGACAAUGAUUACAAUGGUGAAAGAUAUUUCGAUAACGGUGACGAUGAUGGUUACGGCGAUGAAGAUGACAAUGGUGAUGAACCUGCAUUCUAG